AUGGAGCUUCUCAUACCAGGACUUGUCUUCCUUGCGAGCAAUCUCUGGGGCGUCUAUAGGCCCAUCCCGUUUACGAUCAUCCAGCCGAGCCGGUCCUUUUUGGACCGGGUUCUGGGAUCCCUUCAAGUGGCGAGCGCGGUAUACACCCUCGAUCAGUUCUAUUCCUAUCUCAUGCCGAGCUCUCUGGCCCGGUAUGUCAGUCUGGGUCAGGAAGUGGUGGCCGACUUCGUGGACAGCAUCAAUAUCACGAAUUUUUCAGCAUCCGAUACCACAGCGAGCAUCGUGACAGAUCUGUUCAACGUUUCGUUGCUCUCUGAUGAAUUACCAAGCGACAGCGACGAAUCUCAUCCACUGAAACAGCGUCCCUCAAAACCAGGGACUUGCUCCCCAGAGGCAAGGUACAACAACGCAGUCCUAGUCCUCCUGAUCAUCAUCCUCGCGGUACAACUCAAGGAAACAGCCCAACACGGCACCGACACCUAUGCCAGAGAGAUCCAACUCCUGCGCACCGAGCAGCAAAUCCUCUUCACCGAACUCCAAUCCUCACACAAAAUCGCACUCAAUGCGACCCUCCAACGCCUCGCCUCCCUGGAAGUAAGCACCGAUCAGCUUUUCAGCUUCGGAAACGAGCUUCUAGCCCACAGGGAUAUGCUCGCCGCCAAGAUCGCGGCCGGCAUUGCCGAUGAACUUAACGGUCCGGACUCCGAGCUAGGGCGCCAUCUACGUGAUGUCCAGGAUGGUCUAGCGGCGCUCCGGGAGGGCGCGAGUCUGGAUUCGGGGGCUUGGAUGGAACUUGCGGAGUUGCUGAGGGCUUUUCCUUCGAAUGUGGCGUCCGCGAUUGCUACUUCUCUUGCGGAGGAGAUUAUGAAUGUGAGGAUGUUGGAUGGGACUUCGACGGGGAUGUCAUUGGGGAAGUCGUCGGGAUUGGAGAGGAGUAUUUGGGCGGUGCGCAGUUAG